AUGAAUACAAUUCGAACUGUAUUUAAUCAUAUGAAGAGUAUCACACAUUUGCUUUCUUUCAGUUCUGAAGUUCUUGAAGCAAUAGAAAAUGUUGUUCUAAAUGUACUUACAAGCUUGGGCAAACAAAAAGCACCUGUGCUCACAGUAGCUAACAGAUCAGAUUGGAGGAAUAUAGAAUUUGAAGAUUCUGUUGGUCUACAGAUGAUACCAUGUUGUACCAUCAAAAAAAUAAGAAGCGACUGCUCUAACUCAGCACCAAAAUUUGCUCUGAUGCUCAAAAUUUUGUCUAUGAUCUAUAAGAUGGUGCAGAGCAAUACUUAUGCAACUAAAAGAGAUAUAUAUUACACAGAUACAGUACUGUUUGGCAGCCAGAGUAUUGUGGACAAUAUAAUCAAUGACAUUUCUUGCAUGCUUAAGAUACCUCGGAGAAGCCUACAUAUACUGUCUACAAGUAAAGGUUCUGUUGCUGGUAAUUUAAGUUAUACUGAGGAAGAUGGUACAAAAGUGAAUUGUACCUGUAGUGCAACAGCAGUCUCUGUGCCUUCUAAUGUUGAAGGAAUUAAAAAUUUAAUCUCACAUGCAAAAUUUAUGCUAAUUGUAGAAAAAGAUGCAACUUUUCAGAGACUCCUGGAUGAUGACUUCUGCAAUAAAUUGACCCCAUGUAUCAUGAUUACGGGAAGAGGCGUACCGGAUCUUAAUACACGACUUUUAGUCAGGAAGCUGUGGGAUACAUUUCAAAUUCCUAUUUUCACCCUUAUGGAUGCAGAUCCACAUGGUAUAGAAAUAAUGUGCAUCUACAAAUAUGGAUCUGUGUCAAUGUCUUUUGAAGCCCAUCAUCUCACUGUUCCAUCUAUAAAAUGGCUUGGUCUUCUUCCAUCCGAUCUCCAGAGAUUAAAUAUAUGCAAAGAUGCCCUGAUUCCAUUCACCCAACAAGAUCAGAAGAAAUUAGCAAGUAUACAAAAAAGGCCUUAUGUAGCUCGUCAGCCAGUGUUGAGAAGAGAACUGGAAAUUAUGGCAGCAUCUAAAAUGAAGGCUGAAAUUCAAGUUUUAACUUCUCUUUCAUCAGAUUAUCUUUCCAGAGUCUAUUUACCAAACAAAUUGCAAUUUGGUGGAUGGAUAUGA